AUGGCUCUUACUUGUGAAGAACUUUUCCAAGAGGCUAAGAAAAUCGUGACGGCUUGCAUACAGCACAUCACGUACAACGAAUGGCUGCCGGCACUGCUUGGUAUUAACUACACCAAGGAAAACGGUUUGGGACUGGAACAAAGAACCACGUACGACGAGACUGCUGACCCGACAGUUAGCAAUAGUUUCGCGACCGCGGUACUGCCGUUCACCAAUUCCAUGAUUAGCGAUUCAAUUAGUUUUAACUGGACUAGCGAUGGAACACAUCAUUCUGCAUCGUAUGAUGGUUCCUUAAAGAGAAAUUACAACCAACCGAUUUUGUUGGGCAACUUUGAAAACCCUUACGGUAUCAAUAGAAUGCUAAUCGGACUAACUGUACAGGCUACAGAAAAAGUCGAUAUGCUGUUUACACAAUCUGUAAGUUUAUUAGAUACAAUCAAUAUAAAAACUUUCUUGGAUAUACAACAAAGCCGAGAUCACGGUAUUCCAAGCUACACACAAUUUAGAAAAUAUUGUGGACUAAAAGACAUAGAAAACAUGCAAGAUUUGCCUGAGAUCAUGGUGGAAGGGUCUGCUGAUAAAUUAUUGAAGCUGUACAAAAUAUAUACAAAAUACAAAUAUUUUUAA